AUGGACCGAAAAUGGAUGUUUGCUAGUCGAUUAUCAAAAGAAUACGAGGAUGGGGUGAAAGAGUUUCGUAGAUUUGCUGUUGAGCAUGCAAAAACCCCUAGUAGAAUCAUCUGUCCUUGCUUUCAGUGUUGUCAUUUAAAGGUAGUGAAUGCAGAUGAGUUAGAAGAGCAUUUAAUAUGCAAUGGAAUUGAUAAAAGUUAUUCAUGCUGGACCAAACAUGGUGAAAAUAUAAAAAAUCAUAUAAAUAAUGAUGUUCAUCAUAAUACAAGUUAUACACCGAUANAGACUGACACAACAUAUGAGUUAGAUGACCUUGAGGAGAUUGUAAACGUAAUCGAAGAAGAUAUGCGCGAUUNUCCUCAAAUGUUUGAUAGGUUGACAAUAGAUGCAAAGACACCAUUGUAUAAUGGUUGUACUAGUUUCACAAGACUAUCAGCAGUCCUAAAAUUAUUCAAUUUNAAAGCACGAAAUGGAUGGUCUGAUACUAGUUUUACUGAAUUACUAUCACUUAUAAAAGAUAUGCUACCUAAUGAUAAUGUGCUUCCUAGUCGAAUGUAUGACGCUAGAAAAAUGUUAAGCUCUAUUGGGAUAAGCUACGAGAAGAUUCAUGCUUGUCCAAAUGAUUGCAUUCUUUUCCGAAAUGAAUAUGCCCCAUUGGAUAAAUGUCCUAAAUGUAUGACAUCGCGCUAUAAGAAAAAUUUAGUGCCGAGCAAAGUGGUAUGGUAUUUUCCUAUAAUAGCAAGAUUUAGGCGCAUGUAUUGUAAUGAAGAAGAUGCAAAGAACUUAAGAUGGCAUGCAGAUGAAAGAAUACAUGAUGGAAAGCUUCGGCACCUUGCAGAUUCUCCUCAAUGGGCAAAAGUUGACCAUGAUUACCUUAAUUUUGGGAAAGAACCACGAAACCUACGUCUUGCUUUGUCUACUGAUGGAAUAAAUCCGCAUGGUCCAAAACAACCAGGGAAUGACAUAGACAUAUACUUGGCACCUCUUAUUGAAGACUUGAAGGAUAUAUGGAACGAAGGUGUAGAGGUGUAUGAUGGGUAUACGGAAGAAAGUUUCACGCUAAGGGCAAUGUUGUUUGGCACAAUUAAUGAUUUUCCGGCAUAUGGUAAUCUAUCUGGAUAUAGUAUCAAAGGGAAGUGUGCAUGCCCUAUAUGUGAAGAUAAUACAGAUUGGGUGCGAUUAGAACAUGGUAAGAAAAAUUUAUUUCUUGGGCAUCAUAGAUUCUUACCUUCAAAGCACCGUUAUCGAGGAUGGAGAAAAGCAUUUAAUGGGAUGACAGAAGAACGUAGAGCUCCAGAAUUGUUGUAUGGUGAUAAAGUUUUUGAAAAAGUAAAGGAUAUAAACAUCAAAUUUGGUAAGCCUUUUGCAAGAGAUCUAGUCACAAGUGGGUGGAAGAAAAAGUCUAUAUUUUUUGAUUUGCCAUAUUGGAAGUCCUUGUACGUUAGACAUUUUCUUGAUGUGAUGCAUAUCGAAAAAAAUGUAUUUGAUAGUGUCAUAGGUACGUUGUUGAAUGUUCCUGGAAAGUCUAAGGAUGGCAUCAAAGCAAGGUUGGACUUAGUUCAAAUGGGAAUUCGAACNGAAUUNNCACCAAUAAAGAAAGGUAAACGUCAAUAUCUACCUCCUGCAGCUCAUACUCUAUCUAGAAAGGAAAAAAUUGUGUUUUGUAAGUUUCUACAAGGAGUUAAAGUUCCAGAAGGGUAUUCAUCAAACAUUAGGAACUUAGUAUCUAUGAAAGAUCUAAAGCUAAUAGGGUUAAAGUCUCAUGACUGUCAUGUUAUGAUGAAGCAUUUGUUACCUAUAGGCAUACNUUCCAUUUUGCCUAAAAAGCUGUGUGACCUUGUGUUUGGUAACACGGUUGUUGCUUCUAGGAUUGAAUCUGCAAAGCGACUAAUAGUUGUUUUUUAG